AUGGCAAGUUUCACUGGUUAUCAAACUUCUGCAGUCUGGAUUUUCGUGAUUGCAACAAUGAUGAUUUUGCCAGGACUUGCAACCCAGGCACCUGCCCCAUCAAAUUUUAAGUUCUUAGAGGAAUGCAAAUCAAGGCUUCAUGGCGGGUGUGGAAAAGAAAUAGUCAUUACAAUAAUUAAGGAAUGGUCUAUUAGUGAUGGUUGUUGCACUGAGCUUGUAUUAAUGGGUCAAUCAUGCCACAUUGCAUUAGUGAACCAAGCUCUGUCGGGCCCUCUUGCCAAAUUAAACAAGACGGUUGCUUUGACCAAGAGUGCAGAAAUUUGGACUCAAUGUUCCAAUAAAAACAAGGGUUUACUAGUGAAAACACGUUUCACACCAAAAAACGCAGGAAGACACUCUUUUGUCAAAGAGUUCCCGUCUCCUCUUUAA